CGGCAGCCAGCGUCUCGCUAAUCCACUGACCGGCCACCGUUUCCCGCCCAACGGAACCAUCUCGGCGUCUCGCUCCAUGGCGGCCGCCGCGUCGUCCACGCUGCAGCAGGGAAGCAACUUCACAAACGCGCACCGUGUCCCAAGAACCUCCAGUCAACAGCGCAUUCCAAGUGGCUUAGUGAGGAGAUCGGCGCCUUCCUCACUCUGCUUCCGCGCCGGGAGCGAGCGGACAGCGGCAGUCGUCCGCGCGGCGGCGGCGGCGGCGGCGGGCGACGGGGGUGCGCCGGCCGUCUCCCUGCCGGCGGCGCUGCUGUUUGACUGCGACGGCGUGCUGGUGGACACGGAGAAGGACGGCCACCGCAUCUCUUUCAACGAGGCCUUUGCCGAGAGGGAAUUAGGUGUCAGCUGGGAUGUUGAAUUGUACGGAGAAUUGCUCGAGAUAGGUGGUGGGAAGGAAAGGAUGACGGCUUACUUCAACAAGACAGGAUGGCCAGCUAAAGCACCAAAAACUGAUGAAGAAAGAAAGGAGUUUAUUGCUUCUCUGCACAAGAGGAAAACAGAACUAUUCAUGGCCCUAAUUGAGAAGAAGUUGCUUCCUCUCCGCCCAGGUGUUCAAAGGUUAACAGAUGAAGCUUUAGGAAAGGAAGUUAAAGUUGCAGUGGGCAGUACAUCAAAUGAGAAAGCUGUUUCAGCAAUAGUGUCAUGCUUAUUAGGGCUUGACAGAGCAGAAAAGAUUACCAUAUUUGCCGGGGAUGUGGUUCCUCGCAAGAAACCAAAUCCGGCAAUCUACGUAUUAGCGGCAACUACACUUGGAAUUGAUCGAUCUAGCUGUGUUGUGGUUGAGGACAGUACUAUAGGACUUGCAGCGGCAAAAGCUGCUGGCAUGAAGUGUAUUGUAACAAAAAGCGGCUACACUGCACAAGAGGACUUUGCUACAGCAGAUGCCGUGUUCGAUUGCAUCGGAGACCCACCUGAAGCACGCUUUGAUUUGGAUUUUUGCGCGGGCCUGCUCCAGAAACAAUAUAAAUUGGCAAUUCCUCAAGUAUUUUGCCACCAUUUGGUUCAACUCCAAAUUACUGGACGCCCUCAAACAAUAUGCUGGCUGAUGCACACAAGAUUUCAAUUGAGAAAAGCAAAUACCUCGGAGUGCUUUCUAUGCGAAUGAAUAAGCGGGGAUACCUGUUCAUGAGCUGUCCAAAUCAUGACUUCUGAGGAAACGAGAACUGUUUGACAUAAAUAACCUUCUAUGUUUUGUAAAUGCCCCAUGUCCACUGUUCCAGAAAAUCAUUUUCUCUAAUGAAAUAUAAACGAUGAACAACAGCUUGAUCCAUUGCCUAAUCAAUCAAUCAUAUGCAGUCCUCUAAAUUGCAUUUUUUUAACUCUUAAUUUCUCGUAAUUGAAAAGAGACUAAGAAAGGUAUAGAAGGUGGCAUUAUAAAUAUUGAUGUGGAUAUAGUGGCUCAGAUGCUGUUCUGAACUACUCUUUGACUGACAUUUCAUUUCCAUGCUAUGCUUGUAAGGUGAUUUGGAGCAUAGUAGCAUACACAUCUGGUCAAAGGCUUGGACUAUGCUCUACUUCACAAAGUACGGAGUGAAAUUGAAAAGAAACCUGAUGCAGAGGAUGGGAAGGAGGCAAAG